UCUCCCUGCUGGGAAGUGUAGUUUCUCCCUCCCGGUCUUUCUUGGGCGGGGAGGUUCUCGACUACCUCCGCGUCGCUAUCCCUCGUGCCUUCCCCACCUCGGUCACGGCUCUGCGCGGCCGGUCUGCGCAUAUGACAGGCUGAGCUUCCUUCGGCCAGUUUCCCGGGGCUUCGAGACGGGACGGGGCGGGGAUGGGGACCUGGGGCCCCGGCGGCUGCCGUUUCGGUCGCUGAGAGCCAGCCCUACAGCCACAGUCCUUCCAACACGCUCGGCCUCUCCGCUUUCAGAGCACCGCCUCCCCGGAUAAGACACCGACUCGGCCGCAGGGGGCAGAUCCCCCGACCACUUUUCCCUCCUCUUCAGGGCCUUCCCCUUCCCAUCCCUGAGCCCGGCCUUCCUGGGUUUCCAGCCGGCCCCUCACCCUCAAAGCAGACGCGGGAUUGGAGGAGGGAGUUUGGCCAGGGAUGGGACUUAACAAACUCCUUGGGGACCUUGAUUCCCAGGGAACAAUGGCAGUGACCCAGCACGGAUUGGGAACCCAGUCAGGCAGCCCAGAAACAGGGAGAUUAUACAAACAGAUGUAAAGACCCACUUAACAACAUGUGUGAACCUGUCUACAAGGCUGGGACGGGAUAUGAGUUGCGAAGAAUCCAGUUUCAACCGAGUGGUGUAUCGGAAAAAGAUGCCAUCUCAGUGUUGGUUUGUGUUUAUUUUCCACUGACCCUAUGGGUGAAGAUAUCCUUGACCAUUACUCCAUCUGAAUAUGUUCCAGCUCAUCCGAUGUUACAUUACCAGGUUGAAAACUAUGGAGAUCUCCACAAGGAUUUGGAGAAGAGUCCUAAUAAUUAUUAAAAUUCUGGACUAGAUCUACUAGGAAAGGUAGAUGGACUAUAAGGCACUUGCCCAACAAACUGCUCAAGAAAUUUUAGGUUACUAUCAAGAUACAUCAGGCUGGAAAGUGGUUAAGACUUCAAAAAAGUUAACUGUUUCCAGCAAGGCUUCUAAGAAAUUCCAUGGAAAUCUAUAUCGUGUUGAAGGAAUAAUUCCAGAAUCAACAUCUAAACUAUCUGAUUUCCUCUACAAACCUGAAAACAGGGUCACAUGGGACAAAUCAUUGAAAAUGUACAGCAUGGUACAAAAAAUUGAUUCGGACACAUUCAUAUGUCAUACCAUUACACAAAGUUUUGCCAUGGGCUCAAUAUCCCCCCGAGACUUUAUCGACUUAGUGUAUUUGAAGCACUGCGAAGGGAAUAUCGAUAUUAUCAGUUCUACUAGUGUGGAUUUUCCAGCAUAUCCUCCAUCUUCAAAUUAUAUCCGUGGUUAUAACCAUGCUUGUGGCUAUAUGUGUUCACCUCUGCAAGAGAACCCAGCAUAUUCCAAACUAGUGAUGUUUGUCCAGACAGAAAUGAGAGGAAAAUUGGCCCCAUCAAUAAUUGAAGCAACCAUGCCUUCCAAUUUAGUAAGCUUCCUCCUCAAUGUAAAGGAUGGAGUAAAACACAAAAUUCCAUCAGGACGUGGAUGUCAUCAUGAUGGGCAUUCGUCAUUCCUAAAGAAGAAAUGA